GGCCACUGUGCAUGUUCGGCGUGAUUUUGAGCACGUCGGGGAUUCUGACAGCUCUAUCAUCCCGCGGCCCGGGCCCGGAGACGCGCGCGAUGCCGGCAGCCGGCAACACUGACCGGGACCCUGCAAGACCACACAGCCCACCUCCGACUCCUAAGAACGCCCUCUGCUCUGCUCAACGAGGAGCCACGGAUCGCACCCGCCAUGGCGGUCAAGUCCGAACUCCAUACCAUCGAAAUAAGCCGGCGGCCCCGACGAACGUGGGCGCAGACCGUCAAUGCCGUUCUGGCCGGCGUCGUCUUCCUCUUCGCUGGUCUUAUGAUCAACGGCUCCCAGUUCAUCUUCCUGCUCCCCCUCAAGGUGCUCCCGUUCGCUUGCGCGGACAGGAUGUACUAUGAGGGCAUCCGCUACAGCAAGGGCGCGUUCGGGAGGCUGCUCGUGCUUAUGAGCCAGUGGUUCGCGCCGACGAAGCUCGUCGGGCGGUUCACGGAGGAGCAGGUCAAGCAGCUGGUCGAGCGCGAUGGCACAGGCAGAGUGGUGGGGUUGCGCCUCCCGCAGAGGGCGGUGAUGAUUGCGAAUCACCAGAUCUACGCUGACUGGUGGUAUGCGUGGUCCUUGACCUACUACAUGGGGACGUGCGCGGACGUCUUCAUCGUGCUGAAGGAGAGUUUGAAGUGGCUGCCAAUCUGGGCUGGAGUCUUCCGUAACGAUGGACUUGCACAGGGCAUGCGCUUCUUCAACUUCAUAUUCCUCAAACGUUCAUGGGCAUCGGAUCGUCUCCACUUAUCCUCGAGCCUAUCAUGGCUAGGCCGACGGGCGGAGACGCAGGACUCGCCGUUGACGUUCAUCCUGUAUCCGGAAGGCACGUUGGUGAGCAAAGACACGAAGCCCCUGAGCAAGAAGUUCGCGGAUAAGAUAGGCAUCUCUUCUGCCUCGGUCGACAGGCCUCAUUACUCUCUGCGCUCGCUCGCGCCCCGGAUUCCCAGCCUACAGCUCAUCGAUUUAACCAUGACGUACCCCGGCAUACCGCCAUUCGGUUACGGCCAGUCUUAUUACACUCUCCGGUCGAUGUUCGUGGACCGAGUUCCGCCCCCCGCGGUACACAUGCACAUCCGCUGCUUUGACGUCGCGAAGGACACGUCGCACAAGGAGCGCGUGCAGGAGGUGGACAUCCCCGAGAAGGAGCGGGAGACGUUCGAGCUGUGGCUUCGUGACCUCUGGCGCGAGAAGGACAAACUCAUUUCCAAGUACCUUGAGUCAGGCUCCAUGGCGGACGAUCGCAAGGCGGAGGUCGAGAUCCCAUUGCGGCUGAAGCGAACAAGAGAGAUCUUUGACGCCUUCUGCUUCUUUAUGCCCGCUGCGGUGUUCUGGGCGUGGUGGAAAUUCAGAUAGGCCGUCGUGUGACGGAUGCGGUCGAUGGUGUCCCGGUGUUGUUCUCUGAAUGUGUUGUGUGUUGGAACUUGGAAGGCUCAGGCAGUUGUAGCGUUGAUUCCUGCUGUUAAGUAUAUCCUGUAAGGUGUGGUGUUGUACCGUACCAUUCUGACCUGGACAUUCUCCUG